CAUUAGCUUCUAUUCAAUCUCUCUUAACCUGUUAGGAGUGAGGUGACCAAUAUGAAGUCUGCGUUUUGAUGAUCUUCAGACAGCCAAAAAUUAAGGGCAAAAUUUCAGCAACACACGUUGGUUUUUGCCAACUCAACAUCUUCCAAAUCUAACGGCUGGCGAGCCUUUAAAUUCAUCAACAAUCUUGAAACAUCGAUCAUCAAUGGCGGCCUGCACCUUACCAACCGUUCUUACCUUGCCGCCGAUCCGGCUGCUGUCACCCCUAGCUUCCCGUCGCAGACUCCUAGCCGUCUCAACCCCCCAAUUUCUAAAACCCGAGCUCGGGCGUCAGAUUGUUACCUUAAACGUACCCCAUCUCUCACCAACGUCCCGUAAACCUGUUCGACCUCUGGAGGUCUGGUCACAGCUGAGGUGCCCUAUUGUUUCUCCGGAUGACCAUUGGGGGAUAUGGACUGCUUUGUUCGUAACUGGUGCUUUUGGUCUCUGGGCAGAGAAGACAAAGAUUGGAAGCAAGAUCAGUUCGGCGUUGUUGAGCACAUUGUUGGGUCUAGCAGCCAGCAAUCUAGGCAUAAUUCCUUACCAAGCGCCCGCAUAUUCUAUUUUCAUGCAGUUUCUGCUACCACUUGCUGUUCCUUUGCUCUUGUUUAGAGCAGACGUCCGGCAGGUUAUGCGGUCAACUGGGGCAUUGCUACAAGCUUUCUUGCUUGGAUCAGUUGCAACUACAAUUGGAACUCUAGUGGCUUUUCUGAUGGUGCCUAUGCGAUCACUUGGUCAAGAUAAUUGGAGAAUAGCUUCUGCUCUCUUGGGUAGUUAUAUUGGUGGAUCUGUUAACUAUGUUGCAAUUUCAGAAGCUCUUUCUGUUUCUCCAUCAGUUUUGGCCGCAGGAGUUGCUGCAGAUAACGUUAUUUGUGCCAUAUACUCUAUGUUGAUGUUUGCAUUGGCCUCUAGAACAGCACCUGAGGCUCCAACAUCAGCCACUGAUAAUGGAAUGAAGUCAGAACCUGAUUCUGGGGGCAAGAUCCCUAUGCUUCAGACCGCCACAGCUGUUGCAGUGUCCUUUCUGAUAUGCAAGACUGCCACUUAUCUCACAAAUUUGUACCAAAUUGGAGGGGGCUUCUUAACUGGAGUAACAGCAAUUAUCGUCAUUUUGGCAAGUGUAUUCCCAAUACAAUUUGGUUAUCUUGCACCUGCUGGUGAUGUAGUAGCUCUGGUCCUCAUGCAGGUAUUUUUUACAGUGGUGGGUGCAAGUGGGAGCAUAAGGAAUGUCAUCAACACAGCACCAAGUAUUUUCUUGUUUGCUUUAGUCCAAGUGACCACGCAUCUUCUAGUGAUACUGGGACUUGGGAAGUUACUUGGCUUAGAUCUAAAGCUUUUACUUCUAGCAUCCAAUGCCAACAUUGCAGGCCCUACCACAGCAUCUGGAAUGGCCAGAGCCAAAGGAUGGGGCUCACUGGUUGUUCCAUCAAUCCUUGUUGGCAUUUUUGGGGUCGCAAUUGCAAAUUUUGUUGGAAUUGGUUUUGGGACAAUGGUUCUUAGAUACUUGUAAGUAUUUUCUUCUUUUUGACUAUCAUACUUCUUAACUUUCAAUUUUGAAAUAAAAGCAGCAUAUUAUCUUAAGAAGUUACUUAAGUUCGUUGGUGUUUUGAUAUGCGUAGCAUCAAAAUAGAAUCUGUAAUUUCUUAUCUUCUUGUUGAACAAUGAGGAAAAGAUUUCCCAAUGAAGGACGAAUGAAUGAAUUUGUUAAAAAAAAAAAAACUACAAAGUAGGGGUGGAAUUUCGAAAAAGGCCUGUAAAGACUAUUCUUUGUUGUAUAAUUCACUAUUAAAUGUAUCAAAAAAUGAGUAGAGAGUUAAGAGAGGAGAAACGAUGAAUAUCCCACAGUUGAGGAUGAUCCUCUUUGGUGUUUCUUUGGUGGCUUGUGAUUUGGGUUUUGUUUCCAACAGAAGCUUAUGCUCUAAUAUAAAGCAUCAAGCUCGCAUCCAAGCUCAACACAGCAUGGUUUGGACUUAUUCACUUAAAUUAUUGCUUGUAUUUGGCUUCUUCUCUUGUAUCUGUGAUGUUUUGAUGCACACAGCUACACAUCUUCUCACCGCUUCAUACACGGUUUUAAUUAACAGGGACAAAUUUU